GUGAGAUCGUGGGAAGGAAGCCAACACCGCCAGGCGCGUAUCGAUGUCGUCGCCGGCGCCGCCUCUGCUCCCCAUCGCGCCGCUGCACGGAGAGAGCGGCUACCUCCGCUGGAGGGAGUCGGUUUUGCUCCGCCUCCACACGCUCGACGUGGCGCACGUGCUGACCGAGGAGCGCCCCGCAGACGAGAGGUCGGCCGCCGGCAAGCAGUGGGCGCGUGCGGACGCGAUGUGCCGCGGCCACAUCCUGGCCACGCUCUCGGACCGCCUCCUCCAGGUCUACGCGCCCCACGCCACCGCGGCGGCCGUGUGGCGCGCCGUGGCGCGCACCUACGACCUGGACAUAGCGGUGGAUGAUCCGACAUACAGCGUGCCCUAUGAGAAGGCCGUCAAGUUCCGGUACGCGGAGGGCGAGCCCGUGACGGAGCAGCUCGCGCUCCUCGAGGGCUUGGCCACCAACGCAGAACUAAAUGACACUUGCCUGUGUCUCAUCGUGAAGGAUCAGUUCCCGACGUUGAGAAUGGCGGUCAUCAAGCGCAAAUACCGUGUGGGCGUGGACAAGCUCUGGGAGAUCGCCCGGCGGAAGGAACUGGCUGCCAGGGUAGAGUAUGUUCGCAAUGGCAGGUACGCUCCGCCGACGACAUACGCGCAAGACAGCUCCUCCUCCUCAGAUGAUGAUGAGCGGUGCCCGAUACGGCGACGGAGGACGUGAUUCAGAUCAUCAGAUGCAUGCGGCGAGCCUGUUGGAAGGAAUCUACUCGUAAUAAGCUUGUGUUAGAUGAGUCUGGCGGAAACAUUGCUUUUCGAUCGUGCAUGUGUCGGCUUGCAUGCCAAGUCAGUCCGUGCUUGAAUUCUGCUUGGGUGCUGACAACGUAGCCGAGCCGAGUAACGGAGUAAGGUUUAGGACCGAGUUUGAGUAGUCAAGACGUUUGAUCGCGUCCAAAGAAAUAAUGAAAACAACGUAGUACUUGAGAUGCAUGCCUCUACGUUGGUUCGAUUGUUUGGCAUGGGUUCACGUGCGUUGUUUUUCUGCAAAGUUUUAGAGCAUCUCCAACAGAGGCGUAAAAAUAUCGAGCACUAAAAUAGUUUUACAGCGCCACUGUAGCACUUUUAGCGCGAUGCGGUCAACAAUGAUUUUCCAGAUCCCAAAAACACGCGCCAAAAAAACAUGCAGUGCAAAUUAUGAAGCGUGCGCGGUCCGGCCACCAACAUUUGCAGCGUGCGAUAUCGCUUUUUAGCGCGGGCGUUAUAUUUUUUUACGCGCGCACUAUUUUGCAACAUCUGCUGGAGCGUCUCCGGCGCUCAAAAAGGACGACUUUUAGCACGCGAAGCAGUUUUUGGGCGCCUGUUGGAGAUGCUUUUAAUGGGUCAUCAACAAUGAUGUCGGAGUCGCCCUCUAGGAGAGAAGUGAUGACGACGAUGUUGUGGGCAACCUCAGGGUCAGGGGUGUAUGUGGGUCUUGUUGAUGGCCAGGUCGGCCAGUAUGCCCUAUCUCAUGAGCGUGUUCUAACAGUAUUCACCCGUAUAUCUCGUUCC